CCAUGUUGUGGAAGGUGUUUCUGCUUGUGGGGCUUGUUGUGCUGGGGAUUCAUUAUUGCAGCUUCAAAUUUGUAGACAUCGACAAGAAUGAGGCAUAUUUUGCCAUUUCUGUGGAGCAUGUCGUGUUCCACUUCAAUGAAAACCAGGAUGAUGAUUUUGCCUACAAGUUCCUGAGAGUCCGGAGAAGUCAGUGUCAUAGCAGUGAUACAUUUGUAUAUUUAAUAGACCUGGAGAUGGGCCGUACAAUUUGUGGGAAAUAUGAUGAAGACAUUGACAAUUGCCCAUUACAGGAAGGCCAAGGAGAGAAAAAGGUACGCUGCACUUAUAUUUUGGAGUCUCUAGCAUGGAAGACUCAGUUCAUCAUCUUGAACAGUACCUGUGUGCAGACUUAAAUGGGGGCAGAGGUCUCUGUGUACCUGCAGCCAAAGUCCCCUUUCCUCUGAAGGUGACUGCCUGUAG